AUGUCGGUGAUGAGUGUUCAAUAUUUGUUGGAGCGUUUGGGACCUUCAAUUGCACAUCCAACGAAUUGCAAUGAAGCGUUGACUCCCUUGCAACAAAUAUUGCUCACCCUUCAUUGGCUUGGCAGCGGUUGUCAAUACCACGGUGUCGGGUCAAUGCACGGGGUAUCGAAAUCUUCUAUUUGCCGGUGUGUAAACCGAGUUUGCACAUACAUUUCGCAGCAAUUAUUGGGUGAGGAAGUGGUGUGGCCUCAAAAUGCCAAUGCCGUGGCUGAAGGAUUCUUUGCUAUAGCAGGAAUGCCUCGUAUUGCUGGGGCUAUCGAUGGGACUUUAAUUCCCAUUGAAGCCCCAUCAGUAAACGAAGAAUCGUUUGUGGAUCGGAAAGGUUUGCAUUCCAUAAACGUAAUGUUAGUUGCUGGAGCAGACUAUCGCUUCUACGCAAUUAAUUCCAACUUUCCCGGUUCCGUGCACGACAGUCGAGUGUUACAGUGCAGUCAUAUGUACAACAAAUGGCAGAAUGAACUGUGGCGUCCAUUCCCAGGUGCAAUUGUUAUCGGGGACUCGGCUUAUCCAUUGAAAAAAUGGCUUUUUACUCCAAAUAUACCAGCUAGUAUUGGAGAAGGAAGAGCUGCAAAUAUUUUUCUUGCUAAACUGAAAAAGACCCGACAAGUUGUCGAGUGCAGUCUGGGACAGUUGAAGGAAAUAUUUCCAUGUUUAAAUGGACUGAGACUUAAGACACCAAUCAGUUGUGCAAUAGUCAUCAAUGCGUGUGUGACAUUGUACAACAUUCGAAAGAGAAUGUCUCCAGAAAUAAAUAGUGUCUUUCAAAAUGAUGACAAUGAUGUCGAAGAUUUAGAGAUCCAUGAGGACCAUAAUGCAAAUGAUGCAGUGGAGGAUCUACGAAGUUAUAUAAACUUUUUCAACUAA